AUGGCCUGCUGUCAAACCAGCUUCUGUGGAUUUCCCAGCUGCUCCUGUGGGACCUGUGGCCCCAGCUGCUGCCAGACCAGCUGCUGCCAGCCAACCUGCUGCCAGACCAGCUGCUGUGGCACCGGCUGUGGCACUGGCUGUGGCCAGGAUGAUGGCUGUGGAGGUGUGAGCUGCCGCACCAGGUGGUGCCGCCCUGACUGCCGCGUGGAGGACACCUGCCUGCCCCCCUGCUGCGUGGUGAGCUGCACCCCCCCAACCUGCUGCCAGCUGCACCAUGCCCAGGCCGCCUGCUGCCGCCCGUCCUACUGUGGACAGUCCUGCUGCCGCCCAGCCUGCUGCUGCUACUGCUGUGAGCCCACCUGUUGA